CAGCGUGGCUCUCGCAGCGCUCCCUCACGCGGCGCGGGUCGGGCCGCGAUACAAGGUGCCCUUGCAGAUCGCGACCUACGCGGAUGACGUCGCGAUCUGGGUCAGCGACCACGGUGGGCGGAGACGGUUCGUCCAAGACAAGCUCCAGCGCGCCCUCACUAACAUGGAGUACUACCUGGCCACGCUCGGCCUGACGCUCUCGGCCCCUAAAUCCGUGGCGCUUUACAACGGCCCACAUCGAACGUUCGACCUCACCCUCUCCAUCAAUGGCCGACCGCUGGAGUUGCGGAGAGAGGCCACGUACCUGGGGCUAAGAGUGGACGACCGGGUGACCUGGGAGCCAGCGGUGAGGGACGCGCUACGAGCGGCACGGACCACCACCAACAUCCUUCGCCUCCUUGGAGGAGCCCGCAGGGGCACAGAACAGCGAAUGAUGCUGCAGCUGUACCGCGGCCUUACCCUGGCCCGGGUCCUGUACGCGCUGCCCCUGCUCGCUCUCACCGAGCACCAGUGGGGGCGCAUCGAGCAGGCGCAGCGCGUGGCACUACGAGUGUGCCUCGGUGUCCCGAGACACGCCUCAUCGAGGCUGACGCUGGCUGAGGCCGGGGUAAACACAGUCCGGAACACGGCGGGCGAGCGGGCACUGCGGCACCUCAUCAGGAUGCAAGAAACUCCGAGCGCCGCAUCCCUCGUCGCACGCAUCAGCGGGCGGCGGGCACAGCUCGCCGACACCUUGACGCGGCUGCGGGACAUCGCGGGCGCUCCAGUCCGCUACACGGCACCUCCUCCGCCGAAUGAACCGCCAGUCGUGGUUGCUGAGCUGUUGGUGAGCAACCUGAGUGCCAAGAGGAACGUCCAGCCAACAGUGGCACGCCAGCUCACAGAACAUCACUGUGACGAGCGCUACCACGGCUGGGCACGCCUCUACACUGACGGCUCGGUGCGUGACUCCACCAGGACGGCGACAGCAGCGGCGUUCCGCGAGGACACAGGGAGGACCGCUGCGGAGCGCCUGACGUUCCAUGCCUCAUCGACCACGGCAGAACUCGCGGCGCUGCAGCUUGGCCUGCGACUCCUCGACGAGAACGAGCCGGCUCGGGUCGUCGUACUGGCGGACUCGAGGGCGGCGCUGGGCCUCCUCCGCUCCCCGGACCGUUCACCACAGCUGGCCAGGGAGGUGGUGGCGCGCGUGGGCGAGCUUCAGGUCAAGGGCUGGACCAUCGCCUUCCAGUGGCUACCGUCACACUGCGGGACGUCCGGCAACGAGAGGGCGGACCAACUGGCUGCCUGGGCCCACGACGACCCUGGAUGCCCCCUCUCGCCAGUCCCGCCGUUCGCGGACGCACGUCUGCUUGUGCGGCGGCGAGUCGCGCUGAGCCACCCCGAGCUCGAGCGCGGGCCGCUUCCUCCCAGGCUCCCCAGGCGGCUGACGAGGGGCGUGGCGGCCGUCCUGCACCGCCUGCGUACCGGCUCCAGCUUCACACCCGCCGGGCGCGCGAGGUGGAGGACCGACCACGAUGACAGCUGCGGGCACUGCGGCGCCCACGGAGACGCAGAGCACCUGAUGUGCCAUUGCCCGCGCUUCUCAGACGCGCGGGCGAACUUGGGGCACGCAUACGGUGCCCUCGGCUGCCCCAGCGGCACUCUGGACGAGUUGCUGCGACCCGGGCUGCCCCGGGCAGGGACAGAGCGGGCGUUCCGUGCGCUGGCCACCUACUUGGUCAGCACCGGCCUCACAGACGUUAUGUGAACGCCCAGGGCUGCCCACAAUCUACGAACACUAGGACGACAUCACAGCGCCGCCCGCCGCGCCACGGCGUGUCGAUAACAAGCGACCGGUUUUUUUUUUAUUUAUUUAUUUUUCUCCCUCUUUUUUUUUUUUCUUACCUAUACUCC